CAAAUCAAUGCGGACGAAGGCUUUUGCUAUCGGCUCCUGAUCCAGCCCCCAUCGGCUCCAAAUGGACUGUGAAGUGGCCGACUAUCAGGGUAUCUCUUGUGGAGUGCGCAAAAAUGGGACGGUUGUUUUGUGGAUCAGCGGUUUAUAGAAAGAACGGAAGGAUGGUGAGGAGCAACACCGCCUUGAGCGCGACGCUGUAGUCAGCAUCUUCAGAACCGGAGGAGAGAGCGAGCUUGCGCCCACGUUGAAGGUGCACCGAUUCCAAGACUAACCUGAAGACAAGUUGACUCACCCUGUGCUGGACCAUGAGCAAUGACUCGCCUGUACUGACAAGUCUGACCAGGAACUCCACUGACUUGCCUGUGUCUGCGGGCCGGGUGGAGAACUAUGUGCUGCUGCUGGUCAUGCUGUGCGUGUUCGCAGGCGGGACGCUGGUCCUCCUGUCCCUGGUGCUCCUCUUCUGUCAUCGCUGCUGCCUGGGCGGCCGGCGCUACUCCAGGGCCAGUGAUGACCCUGAGAAGACCAACACCACCUAUGUGGAGGACUCCCAGCCUACUCAAGAAAUCACGAUACGGCUGGACGAGUCCGACGCGCUCUCGGUCUCCAGUUGCCAUGACGGCGAGAGCGAGCGCUUCCUGUCCGCCGGGCUGACGGGACGACGUGUCUCGUUCAACGAGUCUGCGCUCUACGAACAGGAGAAGAAGGACCAGGACAAGGGACGCAGGUACACCCUCACCGAGGGGGACUUCCACCACCUGAAGAAGGCCCGUCUCACCCACCUCCACCUGGCCAAGCCCGUCUCCGCCCUGAAGAUCCUCACUAUCAUGGAGUGUGAGUCUGCAGGCGGCAGCACCGUCAGCAUCACCCAGACUCCUCCUCCCAAGCCCCACCUGGACAUCUACCAGCCCACUGAGAGGGGACUGUUGUGGAAAGGACUCCCUGGAGACCCCCACCACUCCAUCAUCAGGGGCCCCACAGCCCUCAGACUCCAGCCACCUCGCUCCAGAACAUUGGGGACCGUUGGGGACAGCUCUCCUAAAAGGAAGCCGUUCCACAGACAGAGAGCAGCCAGCGACACAACGGAUCAGACUGGGGAAGACUCCGCCCCCCUGGGGGAGACGAGGCCCCUCCCCCCCCUCCCCUGUCCUCCAGGCUGGGUCCAGCUGCUGUCUGCAGAGGCCCUGUCGCCCACCGCCACCCCGCCCUCACCCUCCAUCUCCUGGCCUGGAGAGAAGGGGGUAGAGGAAGACGGGCCCACGGCCGGGGUGGAAGGCAGGAUGGAGACCAGCAGGAGGACGGAGGAGGAGCCAGCAGGGGCCCUGGGGGCAGGAUGGAGGUCUGAGCCAGGGCCAGAGUCAGGGGCAGCCGGGGGUAUGUCUGGCUCCGGGGCUGGGGCUCCCGCUGGGCUGGAGGAGCCCAGGACGGGGGCCAGCCAAGGGGAGGACGGGGGAGCGGAAGGGGGCCUGGGGGCCGAGGCCAGGAGGGGGUCAGACUCCUUCUGUCUCAGUCGUCAGGAGAGCUCGUCGCUGUACCGGGAUAUCUGGAGCCUGCGGGCCUCUCUGGAGCAGUACGCCUCCUCCGACCAGAGCAGCACCGACAGGGAGUCGGUCCGCAGCGACGCAGACAGCAUCUGCUCGCUAGGGGGCGCCGGAGCGCGGGCCGGCCUGGACAGCUGCCUCUCCCAGGACCUGGACGACGAACCCGAGGGGGAGCAGGGAGAGGGGGAGACAGAGGGGCUGAUGGCAGGGAGGGGGAGUCAGGGAACGGGGGAGGGGGGGGGAGGGGGGGAAGGCGAGGGAGGUGGCAGGAAACUUCUUCAGAUGGACAGUGGCUACGCCUCCAUCGAGGCGCCGUCGAGGGCCCCGGAUGAGCUGAGGUUGUUCGGGGCCCCGGGGGGCCCUCGGGGGAAGACGGCGUCCGAGAGGAGGCUGUUCUUCACCAGCUCCGGCAGGAAGGGUUCGGUGUGUGAGAGCUUCGAGACACGGUUGUUCCAGGAGGAGCUGGAGGAUGAGAUCUCCCUGGGGGAGGGAGUCCAGAUCCCCCCCAGGGAGGGAGCCUCUGAGCGGGGAGACCAGCCAGGGGCGAGGCCCCCUCCUGGUUCUGGACAACAGACCCUCACUCUCAACACCCCCUCUCCCCCUCCUAUCGGACAACCCCAGCAGGCUCAACCUCAGCCGGCCCCGCCCCCUCUGAUCAAGCCCCUCUCCCCGGCCUCCCCUCACCGCCCCCGCCUGCGUCGCCGCGACUACAGCAUCGACGAGAAGACGGACGCGCUCUUCAACGAGUUCCUUCGCCACGACCCUCGCUUCGACCAGCCCGACUCGCCGCUGCGCUCACGCCAUCGCUCCCGCGUGCACCUGAGGAAGCAGUGGCAGAAACACAAGCAGUACAGCGACCCCGGGGCGGGGGCUGGGGGGCCGGGGGCCGCGGGGGGCAGGUACUCCCCCUCUCUGGAGAGGCAGCGGUUCACCCCGCUCCGGAGGGGGGAGAGCGCGGGGUACCCCCUGGACAUGCGCUACCACAGCACCCUCUCACGGAUCGCCUCUGCUGCCGAUGAGGAGGCCAAUGAGGGGGGGGCUGGCGAGGGGGCAGCCAAUGAGGGCGAGGAGGGGAAAUCGCUAGCCGGUGAGAGAGCGACGGGCGAGGCCACAGGAAGUAACUGCUCGGAGGGUGAGGGUGUGUCAAAGGAUGGUUGUGAGUCAACCAAUGAGGACAGAGACCUUGGGAUUUCAACCAAUGAGGACCGAGCCAGGGGGCCACCCGAGACAUUCAUUGGACAGGCUGGUGGGAUGGACCCCAGAGUGGACAACAGAAACAACAACAGCAGCCAAGCCAUCCUAUCAGAGAAGCCCUUUACCCCGACCCGUCCAAUCCCACAGAGCGCCCUCCCCCCAACAGACACUCAUCGUCUCUCUACCAGGCUCCCUCACCCCCCAGGGGGCAAUCGCAGGCCAGGCUUCCUUAUUCAGCGCCAGAGCAGCCUGGAAGACAAGCUGGCUGGUACGCUGGAGGACAGGCUCUACGCUGGGCUGAGGAGGACAGGCCAGCACCAGGCUCUGGGCCUAGGCCAGCGGGAGUGUGUAGGGGUUGUGACCAUCUCCUCCUCCCCAGACCACAACCCUGUGUGACCCCCACCUCUCCCCUCAACCCUCUCUCCUCCCACCUCGACCCUGCCCCCUCGGCCUUCCCCUCAAUUCAAGAUGUUUUGUUUUUCUAUGGCAUUUGAAACUCGUCCACAGUGAGACCUUAGCCUUGUGGUGUUCCAAUAGACAGUAGAAGCAGCAGACGGUACACUGACUGUGUGGUUCAUAGAACCGCAUAGGACUCCCGCACCUUCAACACUGCCCCGCACCCCCACCUCUCUCCCCAACCCCUUCUCUCUAUCUUGCAUCUUCCAGUGUGUUCCAUACAGACUUUUGAUUUCACUGUGACGCCAGAGAGAGAUGCCAGCCUUCUCUUCUGGAUGUUGAGGAUUCUUUACCGUCGACUUUUGUCUGCUAACGCUACAGUUACUCUUCAUUGGACAGGGAAACCAGCCCAUGUUGGCUUUCCUCCUGGAGAUUUCUGUGAGGAGAUGUAGGGAAUGUUUUAUUGGGCUUCUUCUUUCCCUGAUUAUGACAGUCUGAGUUCUCUCCUUUUUGCAUCCCCCCCCCUCCCCCGGCGCACUAGCGUACUUGUAUGGCAUGCUGUGUGUAAACCACGUGAGUGACUACAGUACAGUUUUAAUCAAGCAAAACAAAGCACUUUGAUGGGAUUGAAGGUUACGUGCCAUUUGUCUCAUUCGUUCUCCUGAUUUCUCAUCCUUUUAUCGUCAUCCUCAAGUGUCCUUCAACACCUCAAUCAUCAUUCAUGAGUAACCUUAUCCAUGAAGUACAAAAAAAAUGAUUAAAUAAAAACAUGUUCAGUCAUACAACUGUGGUUCCUGGGUUGUAGCAGUGGUAGCUUGUCUCCUUGUCUUUCCUUCCUCCUUCCUAGUCUCCUUGUCUUUCCUUCCUCCUUCCUAGUCUCCUUGUCUUUCCUUCCUCCUUCCUAGUCUUGUUUCUGUGUUUCACUAUCUUAGAAUAUCAAAGAUAUAAAUUGUGUGUUUAUUUUGUACUUUUAUUAUUCAGUCUGCAGGCUGUUGAAGUCUUUAAAGGACUGAGGACUGUGGUAAACAGUUGGUCCUUGGCCUCAGGUAAACGCAGAUAAGAUCCAGCCUAAUAACAAAGAUAUUAAUCAGGUUAGGUUUGAUAUUCACAUAUUAAUCUUGGAGCUUCGUCAUUCAUCUCUUUCUUGAUAUUUAUGUUAUUGUGUUUUAUAACGUGGCCUCUUCAGCAGCGCUGUGAGACAUGUCAGCUCUGGUUUGUGCUGGUCCGCUUACCGCCAUACCCAGGGGUUCUCGUGCUGCAACUCCUGCUCGUGGAGGAGGGAAAUCCGGAAGCUUCCAUCAGCCUUGUGUGUGUGUGUCUUUAGUCUGAUGUCACUCCAGUAGGCUACGUCAACGACACCCCCACAACCACCUCCAGAUCGAUAGACAGAUGACGACACUACCUGGACAGGGAGUUUGCACACGGGAUCCCCCAUGAAGUGAGAAAUGAAGAGUUGGGUUUAAAAAUCAUUUAAUUGAUUGGUUGAUGCAAUGUAUCGAUCUUCCGUGCAGUGCGCCAGUUUUUAAUGGUUUGAUUCGCUCUGUUUCAUUCUUUUCUGACUGUAACUUUAAUGCGCAGAUGUUUUAUAGACUAGGCCUAAUACUUGUAAACGAAUGUAGCUUACUUGAUUUAACUUUGUUUUGUUGCGUAUCUAAUGAAUAGGUUUGAAAUGGUAGGCUACAAGGUUCAAUAAUGUCUGAUUUGAAUAAAAAAUGUGUUUCAUGCAAAUAUUGUAUUCAAUGUUAAACCUCUACAUAUUCCUGUGUGACUUCGCUUUGGAGUUGUGCUCGUUGUUAUUUUACCAAAUUGAUAUUCUGUUGCGUGUCCCCUGUUCCGAGGUGUUGGCCUUGAACGGUCAUAAAUCCAAGCUUCGCUGAACGUUGAAAAAAAUAUCUCAUAUAUCUUCAGAAUAAAAACACCUUACAGUUGCAUAGCGGCUAUAAAGGCCUAUUUCUUUCAAAUAUUCGGACUAAAUUAAUCCCCAUCGUGAUUUGUGUCAUGUCAAAUCAAAUCCUACGAUUUAUGUGGUAAAUCAUCAUUUGUAAAGAUGUCAUACGUAGGCUAUAGGCUAUACAACCUGGAGGUCCCAGAUGUUUCAUAAAGCCUUGAUACGCCUAGAUCCUGUGAGACCAACCAGUGUACACAGGGAAAUCACUUUGAAUGGUUAAAAAACUAUGUAAAUUGUGUGUGGGUUGUCUACACUCGGCUUCAAAUGCAGCCAUAACCUGGAAUAAAUCUGACGUGGCCUUUUGAUUGGUAUCUGCGUAGGCCACUGUUAGGCACUGGUCACCGUUAUUCACCAUAAACCCAGUUAUCAUUUCGGCCUACAUAUUUGACCUUCUCAAUGGCAGCGCUUCUUUAAAAUACAUUUCACACAGCAUCGUUUUCCCCGCUGGUUCUCUUUGUUACUCUUUCUGACGUGGGCAGCGUUUAUCUCGCGCCCUCCCUCGCCGGUGACUCACCUGCUCUCUGAUCUAUUUUCUGCCACCGGGCUGACGGCGAACUGCGUAAGGAGGGGGGGGGGGGGGGGGGGGGCAGGGCU